GCCGCGCCGCCCUCGGCCUCGCCCCGGCCCGGGCGCAGGAGCCGCGCGCCCGGGGGACAUGGAAGCGCUGACGCUGUGGCUUCUCCCCUGGAUCUGCCAGUGCGUGUCGGUGCGGGCCGACUCCAUCAUCCACAUCGGUGCCAUCUUCGAGGAGAACGCGGCCAAGGACGACAGGGUGUUCCAGCUGGCCGUGUCCGACCUGAGCCUCAACGAUGACAUCCUGCAGAGCGAGAAGAUCACCUACUCCAUCAAGGUCAUCGAGGCCAACAACCCGUUCCAGGCGGUGCAGGAAGCCUGUGACCUCAUGACCCAGGGGAUUUUGGCCUUGGUCACAUCCACCGGCUGUGCGUCAGCCAACGCCCUGCAGUCUCUCACAGAUGCGAUGCACAUCCCACACCUGUUUGUCCAGCGCAACCCGGGAGGGUCCCCGCGAACCGCCUGCCACCUGAACCCCAGCCCUGACGGUGAGGCGUACACGCUGGCCUCCAGACCGCCCGUGCGCCUCAACGACGUCAUGCUCAGGCUGGUGACGGAGCUCCGCUGGCAGAAGUUCGUCAUGUUCUACGACAGCGAGUACGAUAUCCGUGGGCUCCAAGGCUUUCUGGAUCAGGCCUCGCGGCUGGGCCUGGACGUGUCCUUACAAAAGGUGGACAAGAACAUUAGCCACGUGUUCACCAGCCUCUUCACCACCAUGAAGACGGAGGAACUGAACCGCUACCGGGACACGCUGCGCCGCGCCAUCCUGUUGCUCAGCCCGCAGGGGGCCCACUCCUUCAUCAAUGAGGCCGUGGAGACCAACCUGGCUUCCAAGGACAGCCACUGGGUCUUUGUGAAUGAGAUCUUUAUACUUGGUUCUACACAACUGGAUCCAGUUCAGAUGCAAGAGCUUGAUGUGGAAAUCAGCGACCCGGAGAUCCUGGAUCUGGUGCACAGCGCCCUGGGCAGGAUGACCGUGGUCCGGCAGAUUUUCCCGUCUGCAAAGGACAACCAGAAAUGCAUGAGGAACAACCACCGCAUCUCCUCCCUGCUCUGUGACCCCCAGGAAGGCUACCUCCAGAUGCUGCAGAUCUCCAACCUCUACCUGUAUGACAGUGUCCUGAUGUUGGCCAACGCCUUCCACCGGAAGCUGGAGGACCGCAAGUGGCACAGCAUGGCCAGCCUGAAUUGUAUACGCAAGUCCACCAAGCCAUGGAAUGGAGGACGGUCCAUGCUUGACACAAUCAAAAAGGGCCACAUCACUGGUCUCACGGGCGUGAUGGAGUUUCGGGAGGACAGCUCAAAUCCCUACGUCCAGUUUGAAAUCCUGGGCACAACCUACAGUGAGACCUUUGGCAAAGACAUGCGGAAGCUGGCGACGUGGGACUCAGAGAAAGGCCUGAAUGGCAGCCUGCAAGAGAGGCCCAUGGGCAGCCGCCUCCAAGGACUGACUCUCAAAGUGGUGACUGUCUUGGAAGAGCCUUUCGUGAUGGUGGCUGAGAACAUCCUUGGACAGCCCAAGCGCUAUAAAGGGUUCUCCAUAGAUGUCCUGGAUGCGCUGGCCAAGGCUCUGGGCUUCAAAUAUGAGAUUUACCAGGCCCCCGAUGGCAGGUACGGCCACCAGCUCCAUAACACCUCCUGGAACGGGAUGAUCGGGGAACUCAUCAGCAAGAGAGCAGACCUGGCCAUCUCGGCCAUCACAAUCACCCCGGAGAGGGAGAGUGUUGUGGACUUCAGCAAGCGCUACAUGGACUAUUCGGUGGGCAUCCUGAUCAAGAAGCCCGAGGAGAAAAUCAGCAUCUUCUCUCUUUUUGCUCCGUUUGAUUUUGCCGUGUGGGCCUGCAUUGCAGCAGCCAUCCCCGUGGUGGGCGUGCUGAUAUUUGUGUUGAACCGGAUCCAGGCCGUGAGGGCUCAGAGUGCUGCCCAGCCCCGACCCUCCGCUUCGGCCACCUUGCACAGUGCCAUCUGGAUAGUCUACGGGGCCUUCGUACAGCAAGGUGGCGAAUCCUCCGUGAACUCCAUGGCCAUGCGCAUCGUGAUGGGUAGCUGGUGGCUCUUCACCCUCAUUGUGUGCUCCUCCUACACAGCGAAUCUUGCUGCAUUCCUUACAGUGUCCAGGAUGGACAACCCCAUAAGGACGUUCCAAGACCUCUCCAAACAAGUCGACAUAUCUUACGGCACCGUCCGGGAUUCUGCCGUGUAUGAGUACUUCCGAGCCAAGGGCACCAACCCCCUGGAACAAGACAGCACGUUUGCUGAACUCUGGCGGACCAUCAGCAAGAAUGGAGGGGCUGACAACUGUGUGUCCAGUCCUUCGGAAGGCAUCAGGAAGGCAAAGAAGGGGAGCUACGCCUUUCUGUGGGACGUGGCGGUGGUGGAGUACGCGGCCCUCACGGACGACGACUGCUCCGUGACCGUCACCGGCAACAGCGUCAGCAGCAAGGGCUACGGGAUUGCCCUGCAGCACGGCAGCCCCUACAGGGACCUCUUCUCCCAGAGGAUCCUGGAGUUGCAGGACACCGGGGACCUCGACGUGCUCAAGCAGAAGUGGUGGCCGCACAUGGGCCGCUGCGACCUCACCAGCCCUGCCAGUGCCCAGGCCGAUGGCAAGUCCCUCAAGCUGCACAGCUUCGCUGGGGUCUUCUGCAUCCUGGCCAUCGGCCUCCUCCUCGCCUGCCUGGUGGCCGCCCUGGAGUUGUGGUGGAACAGCAACCGGUGCCACCAGGAGACCCCCAAAGAGGAUAAAGAAGUGAAUCUGGAGCAGGUUCACCGGCGCAUGAACAGCCUGAUGGAUGAAGACAUUGCCCACAAGCAGAUUUCCCCAGCGUCCAUUGAGCUUUCGGCCCUGGAGAUGGGGGGCCUGGCUCCCAGCCAGGCCUUGGAGCCGACGCGCGAGUACCAGAACACACAGCUCUCGGUCAGCACUUUCCUGCCCGAGCAGAGCAGCCACGGCACCAGCCGGACACUGUCGUCAGGGCCGGGCAGCAACCUGCCGCUGCCGCUGAGCAGCUCCGCCACCAUGCCCUCCAUGCAGUGCAAACACAGGUCGCCCAAUGGGGGCCUGUUCCGCCAGAGCCCGGUCAAGACCCCCAUCCCCAUGUCCUUCCAGCCUGUGCCGGGGGGCGUCCUUCCAGAGGCCUUGGACACCUCCCACGGCACCUCCAUCUGACCGCGCCGCCUGCCCUCCCGCCCGCCCAUCCACCCACCCGACCAGCAGAGCUUUUUAAUACGAGACAACGACAACACACACCACACACACCUGCGCACACACACACAGAGACUCUUUCAUUUCUCUUGUACAUACGUGUAAAUAAUGACAGAAUGGAGUGGGGUAAAAGUGUAUUUUGAAUAUUCCCAAUUUUCGAAGUCAGUAAAAAAAAAAAAAACACAAAAACUGUAUGAAUGACUUUGUAAAUUUUGUUCUAUAUGAAUAAAAAGGCAAAUUACUUGUGAUCAUUCUGAA